GGGACCAUCCUUUUUUCUAAUCCCAUCGCUGCUCUCUCUCUUUCUCAGCAACUCUUUCUAAGCUUGUCCCUCCACCAUCUCUCUCUCUAGCUUCAUCGCUUUAGGAAUUGAGAAACCCAGCUCUUCUUUUCAGUGCAGCAACAAUGGGCUCAGAAGAGGGAUCAAGGGUUCUCGUUCCUAGGAAUUUUAGAUUACUAGAAGAGCUCGAGAGAGGGGAAAAGGGAAUUGGGGAUGGAACUGUCAGCUACGGAAUGGAUGAUGCUGAUGAUAUAUACAUGCAGUCAUGGACUGGAACUAUCAUUGGUCCUCCUAAUACUGUUCAUGAAGGGCGAAUCUACCAGUUGAAACUAUUCUGUGGUAUGGAUUAUCCAGAUAAGCCGCCAACCGUGAGGUUCCAAAGCCGGAUAAACAUGACCUGUGUAAAUCAGGAAACUGGAGUGGUUGAGCCAAAUCUUUUCCCCAUGCUUGCUGAUUGGCAAAGGGAGUGCACAAUGGAGGAUAUAUUAACUCAACUGAAGAAAGUAAUGAUGUCUCCCCAGAAUCGGAAACUAGCUCAGCCCCCUGAAGGCAAUGAAGAGGCAAGGAUGGAUCAAAAGGGUCUAGUGCUGAAGUGCUGUAUCCUCUGAUGGAAGAGCUGAACGUGUAAUGUAUAUAACUAUAUCGUUUAGACAAUUCCAGUUUCUGGGUUAGUUUCUUCACUAAAUAUAUAUGCUUGUAUAAGAAAAGUGGACCUGAUUAAACAGAUCAAUUCUCAAAUCCUAGAAUUGAUAGUUAUUUAAUGUUUUAAUUGUAAAAGGUUGCUGAAUAAGUUGAACUCUCAAAUGAAUCAAUGUUAUAUUUCGAAAUUUUCUGAAAUUUGUUGUCCGAUACUACUAGACAAGAUUGGACUCAGAAGACAAAUGUAUUUUAGGCAUAAACGGUGCCGGUUCUUUGGCUAGCAAUCGUAGGUGGUUUUCUUAA